AUGUCGUCGGAGAUUGAGGUGGUGGAAGAAGUCGAAUCGAAUAAUGUCGAAUCGAGUUCAAAGCCGGUUGAAGACGAGAGCUUGAAGAACGAUGUGUACACUGCAUCGGCUUACGGCGAUUUGGAGAAGCUUCAUAGAUUGGUGGAGUGUGAGGGUUGCUCUGUCUCCGAGCCCGAUGGGCUUGGGUAUUAUGCUCUUCAGUGGUCUGCGUUGAACAAUCGUAGUGCUGUUGCUCAGUACAUUAUCGAGCACGGUGGAGAUAUUAACGCGACGGAUCAUACGGGACAGACUGCAUUGCAUUGGAGUGCUGUUCGUGGUGCGGUGCAAGUUGCUGAACUCUUGCUGCAAGAGGGUGCAAGGGUAGAUGCUACGGAUAUGUAUGGAUAUCAGCCAACACAUGUUGCAGCACAGUAUGGCCAGACUGCUUUUCUUUGCCACGUCGUCUCAAAGUGGAAUGCUGAUCCUGAUGUCCCCGAUAAUGACGGAAGAAGCCCAUUGCACUGGGCUGCAUAUAAAGGCUUUGCAGAUUCCAUUCGCCUUCUUUUAUUUUUGGACGCAUAUAGAGGACGGCAGGACAAAGAAGGUUGCACUCCUUUGCAUUGGGCUGCCAUUCGAGGUAAUUUGGAAGCUUGCACUGUAUUGGUUCAGGCUGGGAAGAAAGAGGAUUUGAUUAUUACUGACAAUACCGGGCUUACCCCCGCACAACUUGCUGCUGAAAAGAAUCACCGACAAGUUUCGUUUUUCCUUGGCAAUGCUAGAAGGCUGCUUGAAAAGCGGUGUGACGGAAGCACUCCCCUCGGAAAAUUGUCAAAGUUGGGACUUGCUCCAGUUCUUUGGUUCAUGAUCCUGCUGCUUCUUCUCAUAUAUACUAAUUCUGUUAUUUUGGCAUCCAAUCUGCCAAAGCUAACAACUGGGAUUGGUUCGAUUGCGUGGCUGGGAUUCUUCCUUGCAACAGCAGGGCUAGCCUUGUUUUACCGCUGUAGCAAAAAGGAUCCAGGUUACAUCAGAAUGAACAGACAUGAUCCGCAGACCAUGAAAGACGAUGAACCACUGUUGAAAAUAGAGCUAAACAACCCUGCUUUGCUUUCUGGGAAUUGGACGCAGCUGUGUGCAACGUGCAAGAUAAUCAGACCUCUUCGAGCUAAGCACUGCUCCACCUGUGAUCGUUGCGUAGAGCAAUUUGACCACCAUUGUCCUUGGGUUUCAAACUGUGUCGGAAAAAAAAACAAGUGGGACUUUUUUCUAUUUCUUCUACUUGAAGUUCUAGCGAUGCUGAUAACUGGUGGCGUCACUCUUGCAAGAGUCUUGAGUGACCCUUCAGCUCCAUCUUCGUUUGGAGCAUUGGUGAGCCAUGUCGCUAGUAAUCACGUGGGUGCAUUAUCCUUUCUGGUUAUUGAGUUCUGCCUCUUCUUUUCAGUUGCAGUCUUAACAAUCGUACAAGCGUCUCAGAUAUCGAGAAAUAUAACCACAAACGAAAUGGCUAAUGCGCUGCGCUACAGCUACCUAAGAGGUCCUGGAGGUCGCUUCAGGAAUCCUUAUGAUCACGGUUGCAGAAGAAACUGCUCUGACUUCUUGGUGAAAGGUUAUAACGAAGAUAUUGAGUGUCAUGAAGAAGACACAACACCGAGACAAGAGGGUAUUAGCAUGAUGCAGAUGCAGAGGAGUUCUAAUCUUCAGAAUGGCAAUGGCCACGUUGCUAUCGAUGUUAACCCGGUACAUAAUUCGCAGUCAGCACAUGUUCAUUCUUCAAACUGCAGCCAUAGCCACAGCAGUAAGUCAAAAAGUGAUAGCGUUCCUUUAGGACUGGGACUUGGUAUUGGCCGGAACCCAACCCGACCUGUUGUACCUCCAUGAUAUGGUCGUCUUCCAACUGUGCAUUUGUGUUGUAAGAAACACGUGUCCUCUUGUCUGAGUCAUUAUAACAUCCCAUUUCUAGUGAAGAUAGUUGUUUAGCAGAAAAGGUUGUACGUUAUAUUUUCUAAGUUGAGGUAUGAAAGUUUGAACCACAAGUAUCAAUCAUUGCUUUUUCAAA